AACUAAAUUACACUAAAUCUCUGGAGGACAUGGAUAAGUGACAUUUUGGGUCAGGACCUUUCUUCAGACUGAACACAGAUUGAGUCUGAUGAGGGGACCCGACACAAAACAUCACCUAUUCUUGUCCUCUAGAGAUGCUGCCUGACCCGUUGAGUUCCCGGAGGUUGCAGGUGGUUGCUGGAGGUUGCAGGUAGUAGAAGCAGGUAGGGAGACUGACAAAAACCUCCGGGAACCUCUGGGAACCGCUCGGAAACCUUGGGUGGGGCGCAAAGUCUCCAGAGGUUUCCAUUCAGGUUUCCUAAGUGAGACAGGGGCAUUACUCCAGCACUGUAUUCUACACAAAAUUCCAACAUCUGCAGUUCCUUGUAUCCACAUUAACAAUCCUUGUGCUAACACUGGCAGGGACCAUAAUGGAGGAAGUGGAACUCGAGGCCGAAGUGGAACUCGACGCAUGUUGCAACACUGUCUGACACUAUGACUCUAAACCAUCAUCUGCCUCUUGGAACUGACAUCCUGGCCAAAGAUAAGUUUCUGUCUCAUGAGGAAUCAGUCCCAAAAUUGACACCAGCCUGUCAGCACUGUUUCAAUGAAAUGAAUACUGAAAACUCUGCCUGCCUGCCUACCUUGAGGCAGGGUAUGUUUCAUUUCUUUAUUUUUAAACUUGGCCUCUAGAAUAUUCCAACAGAUCAGCAACUGUUUGCGAUCAUCCAGCAAAUCAGCAGGAGGACAGGCACGGAUUGUGUCCCAGAGACACAAGGCUAAGUGGGACAGUGUGUAGGAUACCUGUCAGGUUAUUCCCCGCAACAGGCAUCAGAAAGGUUCCUCCCGCAGUAUCUCAUCACAUAAACAUGAAUGUUGCACAAUUCCAAGACACUGCAAUGAGGUUUCUGCGUUUCUUUCUGAUUUUUAUUCUGAGUUAUUGCCGGAUAAAUGGCUUUUAUCUAAGUUCAGAACACCACUUGUGCCAUGUUGCCGAGAAGAAGGGCGCCAUCCAAAUGGAUAUGGCGGUGAAUUCUGCUGAUUACCACUUCAAUCACAGCCCAGAGUCGGACAAGAUAGCAAUCGACUACAUUGAGGUGGAACGGAAGAAUAAUGGCACAUUCUACGAUGCAGCCUGGCUCCAGGCCUCUGAGGAAUGGCAGCGCAGAAAGCUGAAGGUCAGCAUUCCAGAGGGAUUGCUGGAAGAGCACGUCAUAGCAGUCUUGUGCUACACCUCAGACCUGCCACCUCUCUACAGAAAUUUCAAUAAAGCCAUCAGAAACUACGGUGUGAAUGAUGAAAUAUAUUCUAAAUGUUUCCACUACAAAAGUCUACAUUACCUUCUGUCAGUCACUCUCAGCAUAUUACAGAAGAGUGCUUGGCGCCCUGAUCCAGGAACACGUGUUUACAGAGGGAUGGACAGGAGGGUUCAGGUCAGCAAAGGGAAAAACAUUCGUUUUGGGCAGUUUGCAUCAACGUCUUUGGAUAUAAUGCAGUCCAUUACAACGUUCACCAAUGAGGAGACGAGCAGCAACACUCUCUUCAACAUCACCACAGCCCAUGGCGUCUCCAUCCAGAACCUUUCCUUCUUCCGCACUGAGGAGGAAGUGCUCAUCCCACCUCACGAGGUGUUUAAAGUUACAAAAGUGGUCGACUGGGAAGUUGAAGAUGGGGGUCUGGGUGUCAACAUCGUCCUCUCAUCCAUCGGGACCCAGCAGACAGAGGUCCGCCUAGAGUCUGAUGGUCCUGGCCACCUGCGGGUGGUGAGAGUGCUGGAAGCUCCAACUUUGUGGUGGGCCUCCAUUCUGAUCAUUCUGCUGAUUUUGCUGCUCGCUCUUUGCAUCGUGUUUUUGAAGAAACGGAAGUUAAUUUCUGGUUGACUUGAACCUGCAGAAUUUGUGAAGCAGAGACAGUCUCUCACAACAUGGACGAUGAUGCCACCCACUUCUAAUUACUGCCCAGCCUUCUGCAGAGUUGCCUGGCUUCAUUGGCUGUUUUGGAUUCAUCUCAUUCCAAAUGUAAAGAUCCUGCUAAAUAUCAUUGAAGAGUAGCAAUUAUUAAUUUGUAGCUUCAAGGCAAGAGACUUCACGUGAAAUAAUCAUCACUGAAACAAAGAGAAAGGGCAAAAUAUCUUUUGACUGUUCCUAGGGAAGUACAAGGCUACACCUGUUCUUGAUUCAUAAGACACAGCAAAAGAUAAACUGUAGGUGGGGCUGCAGAUAGGGAAUCCUUUUUCAGCACCCCCUUACAUUUUGUGCACUCCCAAAGGACCUCCCCUGUUCUUGGUGCUUAAUACCACGUUUCCUUUCUUGUUUUUGUCGAAUGCUCAACCUCCCUUAAUAUACGGUAUAUCCUUGACUUGCCAUCAUUUACUCUUCACUCGUAUAUGAACAAAUUGUCUUUGAUUUCUCAUUUUUUCCCUUUCAAUAGAUUCUCAUUUCCCAAAAGUGGAAUUAUUUUUAUUUUUUAUUUUUUUUAUUUUAUUUAUUAAAAGUAAAGUACAUUACAAUAAUACAAGCCAAAUAUAACUUAAUACAUUUCUUGUACCACUUCAUUUUUUAAAAAGAGAGAAAGGUAAUGAAAAUGAGAUAGAAUCGUGAGUGUGUGAAAAAGUGAUUUAAAAAAAAGACCCAUAGGCACGAAAAGUUAGAGAAAAAAGUUAAGAAGUAAGCCAUGGAAAAGAAUAAAGAGAAAAAGAAACAAAAGCUAUGUUAAAAGUAAAAAACAGAGCUGGAAGAGUCCUCUCUCUCCAUUACUAUCCAAUCCGCCUGCUGGGCAGAAUUGUCCAACAGGAGAAUCAGAUUUUUGAUAUUUACUGCCCACUAAUAAUACAAAAAAUUAGGAAGUGCAUCUACAAAAUUCUUUAGGUUUACUCAAGUGUGUUCUUUGUAUUCUAUGGGAUUUAUAGUCCCAUAUAAAAUUUAUAAUGUCUGAGUCCAGUUUAAAAAAAAACCUUUUAUGGUAGGUAUAUGGGAAUUGACUGGAAUAGAUAUAGAAUUUGUGGUAGAAAGAUCAUUUUUAUAGCAUUUAUUCGACCUAUUAAAGACAUCGGAAGCGUUUUCCAAAAUUUAAUUAGAGCGUUUAAUUUCUUAAGUAUGGGGCUGUAAUUUGCAUUAAACAUAUCUUGAUAUUUUCUAGUGAUUUCAAUUCCCAAAUUUUUAAAUUUUUCUGUAGCAAUUUUAAAAGGGAAUUUUAAAAGGUGUGUUGAGUCUCUGGGUUUUAUUGACAUAAUUUCACUUUUAUUCCAAUUUAUUCUGUAUCCUGAAAAAGAUCCAAAAUCCUCUUAUUAGGUUUAAUAUGUUUGGUAUACUAAUUUGGGAUUUUGUGAUGUACAAUAGUACAUCAUCUGCGUAUAAAGAUAUUUUAUUAUUUGAAUAUUUUGUAUUAUAACCAUGGAUGUUCGGAUGUGAUCUGCUAAAGGUUCUAUUACAAGAGCAAAUAGCAGCGGUGAUAGUGAGCAUCGCUGUCUAUUGCCCCCUGAUAAUUGAAAUUUCGUAGACAAUAUAUUGUUGGUUAAUAUUCUAGCAGUAGGCUUAUUAUAUAAUAGUUUUAUCCAUUAGAUGAAAUUCUCUCCCAUUUGAAAUGUUUGCAAUACUUUGACCAGGUAGUCCCAUUCAACUUGAUCAAAUGCUUUUUCUGCAUCCAAUGAGAUAAUUGAUAAGUCUUGUUCUUCUGUUUUAUAUGAGUGCAUUAUAUUGAACAGACGUCUCAAAUUAUUACAUGAUUGUCUCUUGGGUAUGGACCCCGUUUGAUCAGCAUUUAUUAUUUUACUGACAUAUUUACUUAGUCUUCUAGCUAAUGUUUUUACUAGUAUUUUUUGAUCUGUAUUUAACAGUGCAAUGGCUCUGUAUUAACCGGGUUCUUCUAUAUCUUUAUCUAUUUUAAGUAUUAGUGUAAUCAUUGAUUCUGCUAGUGUUUCUGGUAAAAAUUUGUUCUUUAAAAGCGUAUGUAUACAUUUUAUGUAAACGUGGUGUAAUUGUCUCAUAAAAACUUUUAUAAAAUUCAUUACUGAAUCCGUCUGGUCCUGGUGUUUUUCUAUUCUUUAAUGAGUUUAUUGUUUCUUCUAUUUCCUUGAUUGAAAUUUGUGCUCCCAGUUCCUCUUGUUCCCUCAACUCAAGUUUUGGGAGAUUACAGUUAUCCAAGAACUCUGUAACUAGUAUUGUCUGUUAACGUUUUAGAUGUAUAUAAAUUCUGAUAAAAUUGAGCGAAUCUUUUAUUAAUAUCAUUAGGUAGUGUUAGCAACUCUCCUCUAUCUGAUUUAAUCUUUAGAAUCAUGUGUUCUUUUUCCCGUUUUUUCAAUUGGCGUGCAAAAGUUUGUGCGGUUUAUCCCCAAAUUUGAAAUGUUCCUGUUUUGUGAUUUGGAAUAGUCUUAUAACUUUUGCUGAUAGUAUUUUAUUUAAUUUAAAUUUCAAUAUUGAUAUUUUAUUAUGUUUAUCCAUAGUUGGGUCUUUAGCGUUAUCUAUAUCCAAUUGUCUGAUUUGUUCUUCUAACUGUCUUUGUUUGUUCUUAUUCUUUUAAUUUUGAAAAGCUUGAUAUGAAAUUAUAACUCCUCUAAUAAACGCUUUGAAAGAUUCCCAUAGUAAAGUAGGUGAAAUAUCUGGUGUGUCAUUAGUCUCAAAAAAAAAGUCCAUUUGUUGUUUUAAAUAUAUACUCCCUUAUGGGUCGUUUAAAAUUUGAGGAUUAAACCUCCAAAAAGAUUUAUUAUUAGACAUCCUUCCAGUUUUAAAAAUAAAGUUAGCGGGGUGUGGUCAGAGAUAAUGCUGUUGUGAUAUUUUGGGUUCAUUAAUUUUGUGUCCACUAUGAAAUAGUCUAUACGUGAGUAUGUUUUGUGUACCAUUGAAUAAAACGAGUAUUCCCUUCCAACCAGAUUCUCGAUCCUCCAAACAUCUGUUAUAUUUGUAUUUUUUAUGUAUGUAUUUAAGAGUUCACUUGUUUUGGAUUUUGUAUUACCUCUCUGUUUUUGUAUAGAUUUAUCUAAGUACGGAUCUAAAACGCAAUUAAAGUCUCCCCCAAUUAUAACAUUUUGGUAAUUAAACUGAAAUUAUAUUCAAGAUUUUAUUUUAAAAAUGGGGAUUAUCAAAAUUGGGCGCAUAUAUAUUUACCAUGGUGAUUGGCGUAGCGUGGAUCUCUCCGGUAACUAUGAGAUAUCUCCCUUCCUUAUCUAUUAUGAUAUUCUUUGAUUUAAAUGGUAUGCCUUUACGAAUGAUAAUUGCCGUACCUCUGGAUUUCGAGGUAUAUCAAGAAUUAUAUAUUUGGCCUAUCCAAUUUGCCCUCAGUCUAGCCUGAUCUUGGGAUUUGAGAUGAGUUUCUUGUAAGAAAAUUAUGUCUGAAUUGAACGAUUUCAAUUGUGCGAAUAUCUUACCCCUUUUAAUAGGUUCAUUAGCACCCCUUAUGCUCCAACUGCAGAAUGUGAUUCCUCCAAAUUUGUUUGUCAUCUUGCAUUUUAAAUGGUUUUAAUACCCUUAAAUCAUAUGGUACCUCAGGUCUCUGGAUAUUGGGGGAACAUUUGCACUACAAAAUUCCGUUGGUACAUCCCUUUUGAGAAUAUCCUUAAAAAAAAAAACAAUUAAGUGUAACAUUAUGUGAUUAAACAAAAUUGAAAAAGUGAAAUUACAGGGUCUAAAAAUAUCGACACUGUAACAAAUUAACCACCCAUUGGUGAGAGCUAACAUUGAAUUGACUUUCCAUUGUUGAUAGUAUACAAUUAGCUCUGCUCCCUUAAUUAUUCUUGCCAUAGGAAGUCGGGCCCUUUCAGAAUCGAUUAUAUAUCUCCCAA